AUGAAUCCCUGCAACUUCACCCACACCACCUUCAUUCUUAUAGGACUCCCAGGACUGGAAGCUGCCCAGUUCUGGAUAGCCUUCCCUCUUCUGUUCAUGUAUGUUGUAGCACUACUGGGCAACUGCACAGUAGUUUUCAUUGUGAGAACAGAACAUAGCCUACAUGCUCCCAUGUACCUCUUCCUUUGCAUGUUAGCAGCUAUUGACCUGGUCCUCUCCACUUUCACAAUGCCCAAGAUCCUUGCACUAUUCUGGUUCAACUCUCAGGAGAUUACCUUUGAUAUGUGUCUCACCCAGAUGUUCUUUAUCCAUGCUCUUUCAGCCACUGAAUCCACUGUCCUUUUGGCCAUGGCCUUUGACCGUUACGUGGCCAUCUGCCACCCUCUUCGGCAUGCAGCAAUCUUAACCAACACUGUCACAGCUCAGAUAGGCAUAGUAGCCGUAGUGCGGGGAUCCCUUUUCUUCUUCCCACUACCACUGCUCCUCAAGAGGCUUCAUUUCUGUGGCUCAAACAUUCUUACCCAUUCCUAUUGUGUGCACCAAGACAUGAUGAAGCUAGCCCAUGCUGACACCAUGCCCAAUGUGAUUUAUGGGCUCACUGCCAUCCUGUUGGUUAUGGGGGUGGAUUCUGUCUUUAUCCUGCUGUCCUAUGUUCUGAUCAUUAAGACCGUCUUAAGCAUUGCCUCUCCAGAGGAGCGGCACAAGGCUUUUAGCACAUGCAUAUCCCACAUUGGUGCCGUAGCCAUCUUCUACAUCCCCCUAAUCAGCUUGUGCUUUGUCCACAGAUUUGGAAAACGAGCCCCUCCAUAUGUACACACACUAAUGGCAAAUGUGUACCUACUCAUUCCUCCUGUUAUGAAUCCUAUUAUCUAUAGUGUGAAGACCAAGCAGAUACGCAAAGCCAUUCACAAAGUUCUCCUUCCCAAGGGAAGCCAGAUUUGA